CAAUCUCAACAACAGGACAAAGAACAGAAAUUUUUAAAGGCCUCUUCUAAUAAAACAUCGUCUGCACUAAUAAGUACAAAUAACGAAAACAAGGAUGAUGAACAAUGUAAAGCAGACCACAAAGACGAUAUUCCUAGAUUGUCGGUAAUAGUAUUUCAAUGUCAUUUAUGUUCCUUCAGCACUCGGUCGAAUGAGAAAUGGUUAGAACAUAAGCAGUGCCACAUUGAAGACAUUCCUUCCACGUCCACGUUGGUUCGUAAAUUAAGCACUACUCGAUAUUGUUCUGAUGUUGGUUCGAUGAAAGCUCACUUCCACAAUCAAGACAGACCUGUGAAUUGGCUCUACUGCGGUUCGUCCGGUCUCAGCCCUUACCCGUCCCAGAGAUAUCCCGCAGAGAAAAUCAGAAAAAAGAGAAAGCGAAGAAGCACAAGCAGCCAGAGAAGGAGGAUCGAAGAGAAAGAAAUUGGAGAUGGUAGAGGCUGACAAGCAGCCUUUUCAUAAGGAUAAGCCUUCUUCCGAACAAUAAUUCCUAAAUAAAUGAAGAAAUAACAACACGAUAAAAAGAUUAAUUAAAAAAAUUUUAAUUACAUUUUUUUUUA